GGAGGAAAUGUUCUGGGAGUGAGUGCUGUGGGACGAGGGUUAAAGCAAAAAUGAACUGAUUUGAAGUGGGUUUUUUUUCUUUUUCUUUUUCUUUUUUGGGUAAAGGGGGGGUCCAGAUCCCCCUAAAAUAAAGAAUAUGAGCUCCUUCCUGGGACAGAGGGAGAGAGAGAGAAGUGAGAGGGGGAAAGGACGUGAAAGGCUCGCAGUUAAAAAGCGCCGCUUGAAGCACUCACGCAGCGCGUCUCUGAACUUGAUCAGAUUUUAUGUGUCCUGCAGCGAGUCAGCGGCAGCCUGUGAAACUUUGCUCAAUGGCACGAAAUUUUUGGGGGGCUGAGGGGCUGGAAAAGAGGGGGAGAACUUCAGAAUUUUACAAUUACUGUCAUCUUUCUUUCACUCUUUUAUAUCUCGAAACGCCUCUAAGGCUUACGCGAGAGGGAAAAACAGUCUUCUCUUUCAAGUGGCGUCAAGAAAGUGCACAUUUGGGAGGUGUGCCAAAUGCGUAAAAAUCAAGUUUUUUUGUUGAUAACUGUCAAAGUGAUCAUUUUAGAGAUAGAUAGAUAGAUAGAUAGAUAGAUAGAUAGAUAGAUAGAUAGAUAGAUAGAUAGAUAGAUAGAUAGAUAGUUUUAGAAUAUAAAUAUUAAACUGUACUUUUAUGUUUUAAACUACAUACAGAAGUGAAUCUCUCCUUCAAACAACGUAUAACAGCCUCUUUGCUGUAAAAUCUGAGUUUAAAAGCCCUCUCCUCUGCCUCCACGGUUCUCUAUGAAAGUCUGUACAUAUUAUAUAUGUCGGAGUUUGGUUUUUUCUUUUUUUCUAUCUUUAAACGUGUUGAGUUGCCACGCAUAAAUCAGAAACAGCUGCAUAAGUCAUGCGCCGCACAUAACAACAAGUCCAGGACUUUUCUGCGCUCCACCGAGCCGCUGUGAUACCUGCAGAAUAAAGCCUGCGAAGAGCCAAUCAAAUGAAACCAAUUGAGACGAGCUGCCAUCUUCAAUAGCCCACGCUGCCAAUCACCAGAGAUCCAGCCAAUUGACACCCUCCUCUGCGGUCACGUGUCACGGGGGUAGCCGAGCGCUGAUUGGCUGCCGUGGCACUGCCUCCCGAGUUCAUUUAUGUUCUGGGAGUGAGUGAUUGACUUUAUCAGUCCAAGGACAUCAUCCGCCUGGAAAGGGGGGGAAGUUUGAGCCUCUUUCUCACGGAUCGCAGUCCACGGGAGUUUUUUUUCUCCCAUCACACUUCGCACAGGAUUUUCCCCGUUUGGCUUGGCUUGAUUUUUUUUUUUAAUUUUAGGAUUUUUUUUCUCUGCGAAAACGUGGUAAAAAAUCUGCGCGGUGGCUGCAGCUCGUGCGCUCCGCUAAACUGGAUUUUAAUUUUGUUUUUGUGUUUUUCUUCCCCGUCUCCCAGAAGUUUGCUUCAAGCUCAUGACUAUGCUGCUUGAUAGCGGUCCGCAGUUUGCAUCCUUGGGAGUGGGGGGUUUCGGGACACCCAGGCAUCACGACAUCGGGAACAGAGACCCGAGUCUGGGACUGAACCCCUUCGGUGAUUCCUCUCACUCUGCGGCUUUCAAAAUCAGCCCCGUGGCGCACGACAUCGCCUCCAGCCAGACGUCAGCUUUCACCCCGCAAGCCUCCGGUUAUGCAGCCGCCCUGGGACACUCUCACGGCGGGCAGGUGGGCUCGUACGGAGGGGGAGCCUUCAACUCAACACGGGACUUUCUUUUCCGGAACCGGGGGGUUGGAGAGACCGCGGCGCCCAGCGCGCAGCACGGGAUCUUUGCAGCUUCGGCCGGGAGUCUCCAUGGGCCGCCGGGGAUCCCCGAGAACCCCGGUCAUCUGUUAUUUCCUGGACUCCACGACCAGGGGGUGAGCCACAGUUCACCUAGUGGACAUGUUGUUAACAGCCAAAUGCAUUUGGGCUUACGCGGGGACAUUUUCGGGAGACCCGACCCGUAUCGCCCGGUCGCCAGCCCUAGGACGGACCCCUACGGGGCUCAGCUCCACAACUACAACCACCCUAUUAAUAUGAACAUGGGAAUGAAUGUGCCGACACACCACGGUCCGGGGGCCUUCUUUAGAUACAUGAGGCAACCCAUUAAGCAAGAACUGUCAUGCAAAUGGAUUGAGGAGAACCAGAUGAACAGACCCAAAAAGACUUGCGACAGGACUUUCAGCACCAUGCACGAGAUGGUCACUCAUGUGUCCAUGGAGCACGUCGGCGGCCCGGAGCAGACCAACCACAUCUGCUUCUGGGAGGACUGUCCGAGGGAAGGCAAAUCCUUUAAGGCCAAGUACAAACUCGUCAACCACAUCAGAGUGCACACGGGCGAGAAACCGUUCCCCUGUCCUUUCCCUGGAUGUGGGAAAAUAUUUGCCAGAUCGGAAAAUUUAAAAAUACACAAAAGAACACAUACAGGUGAGAAGCCGUUUAAGUGUGAAUUUGAUGGCUGUGACAGACGCUUCGCCAACAGCAGCGACAGGAAAAAGCACAUGCAUGUGCACACAUCAGACAAGCCAUACAUCUGCAAAGUGUGCGACAAGUCCUACACACACCCCAGCUCUCUCAGGAAACACAUGAAGGUACACGAGACUCAAGGAUCCGAAUCGUCUCCUGCAGCAAGUUCUGGAUACGAGUCGUCCACGCCGCCGGUGCUGGUUUCAGCCAACAGCGACGACCCGACAAAAACGCCGCCGUCAGUCGUGCAAAACACGUCUGGCCACAGCGAAGGACUGGCACCAAACUUUAAUGAAUGGUACGUUUGAGAAUCAGGAGGAGCGAACAACCCAAAAUUCACCCUUCCCUCCGUCAUUCUCCCCCCAACGUGGACCACGGGGUUGAGGGAUGACGAGGAGACGAAACAGACAUUUUUAAAUAGUAAUACAAAAUAAAUAAAUACAGUAAAUAUCCCUGUUUCACUCACACACACACACACACACACACUCACACUCACACACACACUCACACACACACAUGCUUGGAUUAGGACAACUACUGCUACAACCACAGGAGACGACUAAAAACGCCAGCAGAACGCAGGCCACGUCCGUUCUCAGGAUUCUACUAAAAUUUUGACUCUGAUUCCACAAGUUUGUCGAAUAAAAAAAACACAAGUAAAAAAAAGACAAGCGUCCUCCUUUCUCAG